AUUCAAAUCUCGUCUUUGGCCACAAGAAGUCCACGCGGUCACGUGCCUCGCUCAUCCAUUGGAACCUGACCAUCAUGGGCGAAAUGCCGCGAAGCCUGUCCUGUCGCUCUGCAGACUGAUCUAACGCAUGGCGAUGGCACCAACACCUCUAUCAACUAUCGUCUGCAUUUGCUUCUGCGUACUUCCGUGCCUGGCAGACAAGUCGGACCCCAAUUUUGUGCACACCUUCAACCAGAACUUUCUGGACACCAUUAUCCGCACCAAGGACAGCAGGACGUUCCUAAACGAUCUCAUCAACAAGAUUCAGAGCUUACUCAACGAUUCGAGUCACCCCGCGCACUAUUCCACAGCAAUGUUGUUGCAGAAGCACGACGACGUUUCGACAGGUCAACCGCUGAAAGAGCAAUCUGUGCAGACGACUCUUUCGGAAAGUGCUUCAAAGACUACUGCCGUGACUAGUGACUUUUCAGUGCCGUUCGAAAACAUGACGAUCUUUAACGAGACAGCCGCGGAUAUGGCAGUGGAAGGCGAGUUGAAGAAACUUGUCAAACAGGACACUCGUCAGAGGGUGGCAACAUUGGGCGUUCUCAUCUGCUUGACAUUUGUGGGCACGGCGACGUGCAUUGUGGUCAUCGCGCUGUACUCCUCAAAAUUCAGUGGUAUCGUCUUGCUCAGCAACGGCCGCUGGUGGUGUCCUAUGGUCACACGGGGCAGCGGUGUUGAAAGGCAGUUGUUGGUAUAACUGUGUGUAGUGUCCAGAUAUGUACAUGCGGCAUUUUUUCCCUAGCGUGUUGCGUAGAGUCAAAUAAAUAGCAAUCUUUA